AUUUAUGAAUCAAUCGAUUAGAAAUUAGAAAUAAGAAUAAUUAAAAUAAGAUAGUAAAAGUUGUGUGCAUCAGUUUUAUAAAAAAAACUUUGAAGUAUGUUUGCUACACCAUUUACUAAAAUAGUUGCUUUCUUAAAAUGACUUUAGUGCACAUAUAAUAAGCAUCAAUUAGUACUAAAAUUUUAAAUCGUACCUGUUCAUGUGUUUUACAUUGGUUUUACCUAUAGCUAUUUAAACAAUGGAUUCAAAAAAAGCAAAAUUAACGUUUCUACUAGCUGUAUGCGUCUUCUAUUUUGUAAGUGUCUCCUACUAGUAACUUAGUUUACUUGACUUAAUAAAAUGACAUCCAAAAAAGAUGGCAAAAUUACUUUGGCGAUGUUAAAAGGAAAACCUGUAACAACUUCUGUACCAUCAAUAUCAAUCAAGUUUCAUGCAAAUGCUGAGCAAAUUGAAGAACUGAGAUUUAGUGAUGAUGAUACUCCAAAUUCAGAUGAGAAGAAUCACCAAUUUGAGAAUUUAAACCUGGUGUCAAGUUCAAGUGACCAAGAUACAAGUCCUUUAAAAUUAUUCCCAAAAUUAGUGAAACGAUCCACUAGUAUAGAUGUGUCAGCACAAAGUUUAAGUUCUUCCCCCCCUAGUGAUCCAUGGAGAUUUUUUUCAGAUAUCAAGGGAAAAAUCACUAAAAGUGUUGAAGAAAAAAUUACAGAAAUUAAAGCUAGACAUGAUGAAGGUUCACCACUGCACAAAUCAAAAUCUGAACUAAAGUCUAGCAAAGAGACAAAGUCAGAAAAAGACCCUACCAACAAAGAUAGUUCCAGUUUGUCAGACUCUGAGGACCAGUCUGAAAGUAGUAUAUCUAAAACUUGUGGUGUUAUCUCUACAACUGAAGGAGUGGAAAUGUCUUCCGAUGAUGACACGCCUUCCAUAAACAAAGAUAAGAAAUUACACUCUCCAAAUAUUCGUCAUCGUUUUCGUUUUCUCAAAAGUCACGGGAAAAGUCAAACAAAAGAAGGAACUAUUAACAUUAAUAAUUUCUCUAAGUUGUACAAUAUUAAUGCUGAAAAUGUUGAUCAGGCGCUUCCAGAACAUAACGAAGACAUAGAGAGCGCUGUAGAUGCUCUAGAAGAGACUGUUUUUAUGGAUACCUCGGGAAAUAUUGAAAAGGGGAUAUCCAAUGAAGAUAUAUUAGAAAAGGUUGCUCAAAAAAUUGAUAAUAUAGACUUAGGCCCGGAUAAAGUUAUAAAUAUAAAAGAAGUGGCAGGUGAAGAUCUUAAAAAAAGUUUUUUUGCUGGAGAUAAUAAAAUGAAAACUGUAUUUGCGCCUGUUGGAUUUGUUGAUGUUAGAACAACUAAUUUUAAAAAGGAUGAAAAAAACAUUAUACCAUGGAUAGUUUUAGGAAUCUACUUUGUUUUGUAUGCAAUUCUACAUACUUAUAUUCCAUACCUUGCCGGCUUGCUUUUAGGCAUUUCAUUGGCCUUAAUUUUUGGCUAUAUAUACUUGAAACUUUACACAAACAUUACUAGUCUAGAUCCCACAGUCUAUAAUAAGCAUAUAUUAAAUAACAAUAUUAUGGAAAUACCAGCUGCGAAAGAAUAUCAGCCAUUAACGAAAUAUGAGGGGUGGGUAAAUGAAUACCCUGAAACGUACGACCCUUCAACCUAUCAUAUUUCACAAACACAAUCAGUAUUUUUACGCUUACAAGGGAAUUUACUAAGAAUUAGUCAUUCUAAAAGUAAGGUGCCUAAAAGAGCUAUGUGGAACGAACAUGAAAUUAAAGCACAAUUCGCUAAUCAUAGGAUAUAUAACCUGCUUGAUGCUAAGCUAUCAUUGCUUCCGGAUGGUUUGACUAAAAUAAGACUUUGGAGCAAAAAAUAUCCAAUAUGCAUAACGCUGAGCAACGACCAAGCCAAUUUUGACCCUUCCAUUCUUAAAAUGGAAAUGGAUGACGAGAAGGAAGAGAAAGAGAAGCAGACUGAAAAAAGAAAGUCGCCUAAAUUGAAAAAGAAAUUUAUUUUUAAGAAAAAGGAAUAUCCAUAUAUGGCUCAGCGAUUUAGCAAGCUUUCUGAAGAUCAAGAUAUGGAUUUAGAUUUAGAUUCCGAUUCCAGAGCAAGCACGCCUUCUUCAGAACCACCGGAGUCAAAUCCAGAGGAAGUUUUUCAGCUCCAAAAACAAGAUGACAAAAAUGAAGAUGAUGAUAUGCAUUCCAUACAAGACGAUUGGUCCGCGAGUUCACGAAAUGGUAGUCCUGUAGAAAUAAAGCUUUAUAUUUUUGGAAGAACUGACAGAGAAAAAGAAGACUGGUUUAGACGUUUGGCAGCAGCUACGCAUCAUCACGAUGAAAUAAGUGUAGAUGAAACAGACAAUCUUAAAGGCAACAUAAAUUUACUUGAAGAUGCCAAGACUCAACUUGAAUACAUCAAAUACAUGACAUUUUUUAACAAACUUAAUGUGAAAAAAACAAGGGAUGAAAAGUCUGCUAUAGAGAAACAAAAUUCUGCAGAUAAAGAAGAUCCAAAAACUGAAUCUCAGUUAUGGUUAAAUACUUUCAUAGGAAGAAUAUUAUUUGAUUGUAUGAGAAAUCCAGAUUUUAUGAAAAAAGUUCAAAACCGAAUACAGAAAAAGCUUCAAACAAUUAAACUUCCAUAUUUUAUUGAAGAGAUUACCAUUACUGAAUUAAAUUUGGGUAAAACGCCGGUUUUUAUAUUAAACAACGAGAAACCAGUCUUGGACGAGAGAGGAUUGUGGGUAGAUUUAGAUGUUAAUUAUGAGGGAUUGGUGGUACUGACAUUACAAACAAAACUGAAUCUAAUGAAAUUAAAGAAUCCACCUGGAAAUGAUAAAACUUUAGAAAUAAUAAGGUCUGCUAUAUACCAUUCGGACGUAGACGACUCGGCAGAAAGCAGUUCAGAUGAAGAUGGACCGCAGGAAAUACCACUGGAUAAAGAAUCAGGAAAUCCCCCUCCAGCUCACGGAAGUAAAAAGUUUAUCAAAAUGGUCGACAAACUUACCGAGUCCAAGUUCUUUCAAGCCGCUACUGAGAACCGGUAUAUAAAAAAAGCGAUGGAAGGGGUAUCUAACACAGAACUGCGCCUUACGGUGGAAAUUAAAGCAGUAUCUGGGACUUUAGUAUUGAAUAUCCCAACACCGCCCAGCGAUAGAGUAUGGGUAGGCUUUAGACCUGUUCCAGAGAUUAUUUUAACGGCAAAGCCUAUAGUGGGCGACAGAAAUGUCACCUAUGCUAUGGUAACCAGUUGGAUAGAAAAGAAACUUUUUCAAGAAUUUCAAAAAGUCAUGGUAAUUCCAAAUAUGGAAGAUUUUCUUGUACCUGUGAUGAAUCCAAAAUUGCCAGAUUAAAUUACUGAUUGAAUUGUUUCAUAUAGUACUUCAUUGUUUAUAGAAAUACUGACGAAUUUACAAUACAUUUAUUCAAAAAAUACUUUAUAUUCCAAAAAUAUAUUUUUUCUUCUUAUUUAUUUCUGUUAAGCAGACUAACUAUAAGUCUUGAUUAAAAUAUAUUAGAACAAUUAUUUUUGUACAAAAUAUAAAAAGAAACAAAUAAUGUACUGGAAAUUGUCAGUUGAUAAAUUAUUUUCUCCGAGCCAUCACACGCAGCAACAAGCCAAACCUAAAUUUUAAAGUACAGUAGAUUCUCGAUUAUCUGACUCUCUAUUUUUCAAUCGCUAGGGUAAAGCCCACAUUAUCUCAGAUAAUUGAGAGUCUACUGCAUUAAGUUUCUGUAAGUUACGUAACUUCAACACAACCAAGUUUGAGUAUCAUUAAAGACUAUUAUUAUAGUCUGUACUACGAGCGUUCAAGGUUACGUCAUCUUUAUUUUUUUAAUAUAGAUUUUUAGCACGUAUAUGUGAUCAGUUCAUAUUUAGAAAAUCUGAAGUACGUUCCGAAAUUAGUAAUUGAAUGCGUUCCGUUUUUACUAAUUUUAAGUAAAGUUUGUCCAAUGAGUCACCAGAGAUUUCGACAGACGACAUCUAAGCAUGAUAUAAAAAUACGACUUAUUUGUAAAUUAAAAUGACAGACAGUAACUGUCACUGCCAGGUAUCCCCUGGUUGGACAGACUUUAGAUAUGUUUGGACUUCCGAUUGUGCUUCGGUUUCCAUUUUUAGAUGUGCGUACCAGUUUUAGUAUAAGCAUUUAUUUAAAAAACACCGGACUUAAAUUUUGUUAGAUUAUUCAAUUUUUUAUUUUGACACUGAUCGAUAUCUGAUAACAGGAUCAUAACAAUAUACAGUGAUUUACGAAAUUACGUCUAGAAUCUAUUUCAUUCCUUUUUAA